AUGGAGAACCAGCACCCACUUCCGACGUCGGAGUUGUUUUGGGGUAGCCAGAACCAGAUUUGCCAGGUAGAAGGAUUCUGGUACCUGGCGCGGCAUAUGGAAUCCAUAGCCACUUUCAGGUCCGAAUUCCAGCCGCGGAACGACGACAUUCUCUUGACAUCUUUCACGAAAACAGGAUCAACCUGGCUCAAGGCUCUCUGUUACAACAUCCUCGACGAACAAGAGAACGACAUUCUGGCGAAGGAGAACCCCCACGGUGUGGUCCCCACGCUCGACAUCGCUUUCCUCCAUGACCGAGUCCAACACAUGUUGCUCAAUUCUCCUCCGACCGGUCGCAGCCGAUUGCUCCACACUCAUCUCCCCUGCAGUUACCUGCCGGAGAAGGUGAGGAGCUCGCCGCGGGGAUGCAAGCUCGUGUACGUGGCCCGGAACCCGAAGGACACGCUGGUCUCGAUGUGGCAUUUCUUCAACAAGAUGGUGAAAGCCUUCCCAGGCGGUCCGUUCCCGCUGGAGGGAGCGGUGGAGGCCUUCUGCAGCGGGGUUAUCCCUUGGGGGCCUUACUACGAGCACGUGGUGGGAUACUGGGAAGAGAGCAAGAAGCGGCCAGAGAAGGUGUUGUUUCUCAGGUACGAGGAUCUGUGCAGAAACCCGGAGGAACAAGUGAGGAAGCUGGCUUCAUUUCUUGGCCGAGAAACGAGUGUAGAUGUGGAGAAGGUACUGUGGCGGAGCAGUUUGAACAGGCUUAAAGAGUUGGAGGUCAACAAGAACGGUGUUCGUACAGAUGCCCCACAUAUUCCCAAUUCCAUCUAUUUCAGGACGGGAACCGUUGGAGAUUGGAAGAACUACUUGACUUCCGACAUGGCUCAACCUAUUGAUCAGAUCACACGAGUUAAGCUGCAGGGGACUGGGCUUUCUUUUGAUGACGAGUAG